GAUCAAUCUUGAAAAGAUUUCUUGAAGAUGAAAAACAAGUACGGCUAUCAAGGUAUUGAAUUAAGAUAUAACUUUGGGAAUUGUUGGUGUUCGGCACCCAAUGACCAAACAACUCAGACUUAUUACAAGUCAAUUGUUGUUAGGCAUACACAUUGUAAUAUUGUAUAACAGUUUAGUUCCAUAUAAUCUAACAUUUCCUUCAUUCUUCCCACCUCUUUCGCAGAUUUCUCGCUAUCUGGUGGCCUUUGAAGCUGCAAAUCACCAAACGUCGGGCGCGAUUCAUGAUCGUGUGCAUCUGGGUGAUCGCGCUCAGCUCGACCAUACCGUGGGCCCUGUUCUUCGAGCUGGUGCCCAUCUUCCCCGAAGCCCCGGAAAUCCAGCUGUGCGUUGAAGUGUGGCCGCCAGGAACCGAUGGUGCUCUCUAUUUUCUACUGGCCAACCUAGUGGCGUGCUACCUGCUGCCAAUGGUGCUAAUCACCAUUUGUUAUAUACUGAUCUGGAUCAAGGUUUGGAGGCGAUCCAUCCCCGGUGACUCCAAGGACGCCCAGAUGGAUCGGAUGCAGCAAAAGUCCAAGAUCAAAGUUGUUAAAAUGCUUGUUGUAGUUGUUAUUCUAUUUGUACUAUCCUGGUUACCGCUGUACUUGAUCUUCGCCCGGAUUAAGCUGGGGGGUGCGCUGGAGAGCAGCGAAGAGGAACUGCUGCAGAUUGCUACGCCGAUAGCCCAGUGGCUGGGGGCGUCCAACUCAUGCAUCAACCCGAUCCUGUAUGCGUUUUUCAACAAGAAGUACCGAAAAGGAUUCGUCGCCAUCAUCCGGUCGAGGAAAUGCUGCGGACGGUUAAGGUACUACGAAACGGUUGCCAUCGCAUCGUCCUCGACCAGCACCAGAAAGUCGUCGCACUAUCACAACAGCACCAAACGUCCACCGUACAGUCCCUCGAUGAAGUCUACGGACGCCGUGUCGUACAUCUACGAGGAAAAGGGCGGCCGCAGGCAUCAUGCCAUCUCCAAACAGGACAGCAACCUUUCGCGCCAUAUGCUCCUCAAACAGGACAGCAGCAUAUCGCGGCAAACGCUGCUCAAGCAGGACAGCAUCGCAUCACGAUCGGCCAUACUGUAUCGGCAAGAUAGCGACAACUCCCGCCAGAUGCUCCUGAAGCAGGAUAGAAACGGUUCGCGGGACAUGCUGUCGAAACAGAGUUCGGCAUCGGAUUCGAUCUCCCGCCAGGACAGUCAAAUCUCGUACAUUGAGCCACGCAAGGGCAUCCUGUGCAAACAGGACACCCAAAUAUCGUACAUUGAGCAUUCGAGUGCCAGCAAAAAGUACUCGGCUUCCCUGUCCAGCCAGGACAGUGUCAUGUCGAUAAUCGAACACAAGCGGCACAAGCUCGUCAAGCAAGACUCGAUUUUCUCGUUCAAUGAGCCCAAAUCAGUGUACGAGAAUACCGCGGUGGCGCCACCAUCAAACAAACGUCAUCAACUGGUCAAGCAACACUCGGUUAUCUCAUUCGCUGACCAGAAACGUGGCGGUAGUCUAACCAAGCAGGACUCCGUCACAACCAUCCACCGGGCCAGCAACGGAGACGGUCCUUACAUAUCGUCCAUCCUGAAGAAAACCGACUCGCAGUGCAGCUCGGCCUCGCCGAUAAGGAAAAAUAUUGGAUUUUUCGAAGGAUAAGCAGGCUAUGUGUCUAUCUAUUGUUUAUUACAUUUUUCCAACCCGGAUCCUGAGUUUUGUGCGGAACUGAAUGACCUUCGUCCCACGCCUGCCCAGAUUGUUAGAAUAGUGACACACAAAACCCUACUAUUGAAGGAGGCCGAGACCAUUUGUCCCGCGUGUAGUCGUCGUAUACCAACCAGCUAGAAACCAACGUUUUAUAUUUGCCCUAGCCGGAAAAAGGGAACACAAACCAAAAAAAAAGGAAAAUCCUCGCUUCAUAUUAUACGACGGCACAAUCUAGCGACAGUCAGUAGCAGCAUCGCAUCCAUCGAGUAGAGAAAGUGAGCCAGAGCUAGAGCGAUAGAGAGAGAAAGCGAGACAAGUGUCAUCCAUCCUAUCCAUAAAAGCGAAACCAGCACGCUUUCAACCAACGAACCAACCGAGGCAUACUGCACUAGAUAAAUCCACCUUCUCAUAUGUCCUGUGCUAAAAAUAUAUAUAUUUCACCAUAUCCAGAAACCCGAAAACAGCUGAAAAAAGAACAAACAGGAGCAUUAAAAGCUAGUGAAAAACCUGUAAAAACUGGCGCACACAUCCACCCACCAAACCCACCCACCGCCAUCAAAGAAGACAUCGUCCUCCCAACUCAUUGUGCAUCAUCCUCAUCAACCACGCUCGGAAGGGCUUUUCGCAUUUUCCUCAUACAGAGAUAUGUAGCAGUAGGCGAACGACGGACGGAUGGACGGACGGAGCAACAGCCAUCCAUAGCCUACUCGGUUCCAUUAUUUUCAGUUUAGAAUCACUUUUAUAUCCCGCACACACAUAAUUUAUCACAAUCAGUAUCAAUCUAAUGUACGGUAGGAGGACGACUAGAUCCGAUCCGAAAUUGAGCGAGAGGAAACUAAAGCGAUUCCGUAGAAUUUCAGUUGGUGGUGGAAACGUGACAAGAAGGGUAGAUAGGAUUAUGCUUGGAUGGACAAAAGGUUGAUGGCGGAAAAAAUCGGAACGAUCUGCGACCCCGCCAGCCGUUCCGAAACACAAAUCUGAUUUCUUCGUAUUGGGAAGAGGUGAAAUGUAUUUACACAAUUAACUUUUGAAUGUGUGGAUGGGGAGACUACUGAGUUGAACACAAGCUACCAAGUGUCUCCAUUAGAACACAGGUCAGGGUAGGGGACAGUGGUCCGGAAUGUCAUUUUAAAAAUUUGCGUCAUUUUCUCGUAAUAAUUUCAUGGCCAUUCAAAGUGCUAAUAGUAACUAUACAAUAUUUGGAAGUUACCACCAUGAAAUGUUCCAAAUUGGAGCUUUUUCACGGUUUUAGAUGGUUUCGAAAGUUGACUCAAUAGGUGAUGUAGUAUAGAGAACGAAGAGUCAGCAACCAAGCUCCACCAUGAGUUUGUUGAGUAGCAUAGAAAUGCUUAUUCAUUGAUAAAAAUCCUCGGAAAAAACUUGUGACUUAGGAAAAAAGUGUUAGAUUACACCGAGAAAUUGAAGGAAAAUCUAUGAGACUUGUUGCGGCAGCUCUUAGUAAAACAUAUUUUAACAUCGUUUGGCCAAGAAUACAAGUUGAAUCAUGCUAGAAAUGACUCAAUUGGUCGAUCCAUUUUAUCCCACCGAGUGCUUUGGACAAAGUUACUCUGAGUGCUGCAAAAGGCUCGAGCUUAAGCGAACUGGGCACUAUAAGCCCACGAUGGGGAAGAAGACAGUUUUAGCUAUGAAAUAAAUUGGCAUAUGCUGUUCUGAUGGA